AUGGGAGCACUCAAGAAAUUGAUUGAAGAGGGGAAAAUAAAAUACAUUGGUCUAUCUGAGGCCUCACCUGAUACAAUCAAAAGGGCGCAUGUUGUUCAUCCAAUAACAGCUAUACAACUUGAAUGGUCCUUAUGGACACGAGAUGUAGAGGAAAAAGUCAUUCCCACUUGUAGAGAACUUGCCAAUGGGAUUGCUCCAUUUUGUCCUUUAGGAAAGGGCUUCUUCACUUCAGGUCCCCAGAUAGUUGAGAAAUUGUCAGAAAAUGACUUCAGAAAGACUGUGCCAAGGUUCCAUCUUGAGAAUGUUGAGCAUAACAAAAUGUUGUACGAGCUGACUGUGCCAAGGUUCCAUCUUGAGAAUGUAGAGCAUAACAAAAUGUUGUACGAGCUGCUAGCAUUGGCUUGGGUCCAUCACCAAGGGGAGGACGUGUCCCCCAUACCUGGUACCACCAAGAUUGAACACUUCAACCAGAUAGUCAAAGCUUUGUCUGUAAAACUAACACCCGAAGCUAUGGCCGAGAUUGAAUCCAUUGCUACAGCUGAUGUAGUAAAGGGUGAGAGGUAUUUAAAAGAAUACAUGGCUAACACUUGGAGGUUUGCAAGCACNUAG